UUAUACAAACAUAAGGUAACUAAAAUAUAAGUAACAUCAUAAACAUAUACAAAAUAUAUGGAAAAUGUGUUUUUCAAAUGAAAAAUCUCUUGGAUUUAGCGCCCAAUUCUCUAGAAGUAUUAAUAAUAUUCCAACGGAAUUUGUAUUCCAAGCUUUUGCUAACAAAUGGUUUGUGUUAAUAACUCAGCACGGUCGGUUAGCUAAUUUAUAUGCUGUGAAAUUUGACCUGCAAAGGAAUGAAGGCAUUCCUUUGACUAUUCAAGGGCCUAUAAAUAACCCAGAGCUCCACGUCUCUGUACCAAUAACGAUAAAUUGCGCUUUCGGAGCCGAUAAAGACGAAAUACGCAGCGGCAUACAAUAUUUGGUAAACAAAUCUAAACUCAACCGGUGCCCCCAAGAGUUCGUUAUCAGUCUGGGACUAAAGGAAAUCAGUGGUUCUAAUUUAAGUGAAGUAGCCAAGAUUUUGGAUGAAAUUAUAACCUAAAUAAAAUU